UUGUCAAAAACAACUCAUAUUUUUAUAUUAAAUAUUUUAUUAUUUUUAUAUUAUGACGUCGAAAUUCAUAAUGUACAUUCAUAUUAUAAUUUAUAUUUCAAUAUGGGCGAUACCUAUAUUAACUGAGCCAAUUCCACGUUUAGAAUGGAGCGAAUAUGGAAAGUUACAAAAUGCAAUGAAUAAUUUUAUUGUAAACAAACAAAUUACAUUGGACAAUUUUGUAAAAGCUUUGAAAAAAUGUGGAAGUAAAUACGAUGAUUUCAGGAAUAAAUGGAUUAUUUCUAAAUGUGAAGGUAAUCGAAUGUUGAAUGUAGAACCACUUUUAUCAUUAGCAACUGAUAAUUAUGGAGGUCAGCAAAUAAAAAAAAUUGCCACAACUUUUAAAGCUUUGGAUAGUAAUAAUGAUGUUUGUGCGAUACCUACAUUCGCCAAUCCAAUUUCAAGUUCAGAAUUGAAUGAAUACGUACAGUUACAGUAUGCAAUGGAUGAUUAUAUUGUAAAUAAACAAAUUACACUGGACAAUUUUAUAAAAGCUUUGGAAAAAUGUGGAAGUAAAUAUGAUGACUUUAAAAAUAAAUGGAUUAAAUCUGGACCCACAGAUGAACGAUUGUUGAAUGUAGAACCACUUUUAUCAUUAGCAACUGAUAAUUAUGAAGGUCAGCUAAAAAAAAAAAUUGCCACAACUUUCAAUGCUUUGGAUAGUAAUAAUGAUGGUAAAAUUGCCGUUUUAGAUGGUUGCAUUUUAUGUUUACUCUGUAAUAUUCCUUUAAUAAAAUAUCUCCGUUUUACACAUAUCGACAGAGCAAGCUUAGAUUUUUUAGUAGAAAAAAAUAUUAUUAAAAUUGGUGAUAACGGUAGAUUUGCUCUACGGCAAGAUAUGAAUAAAUAAUUUAUAUAUAUUUUUUAAUUACACAUAUUUCUAUAGUAAUUA